UUUCGACUGGGGCCUUCUUCAAAUUGCUUUGCUGUGAUAAGGUUAUACUCUGAACACUUUCUUACCUUUUCUCACUAAAGAGAGAACACUACUUCGGUCUCUCUGUUCAUAGUAAUUUCAAAAACAAAGCAAGGAUAGAAAGACUGAGUGAGAGAGAAAAAGGAUACUGUGUUCUCAGAUCUCUUUUUCUUUCACUUUCACAUUUUUUAUUCAAUGGCUGAUUCAAAGAAGUACAUAUCUAAAGAAGACCUAAGGGCACACAACAAGUCUGGCGAUCUCUGGAUCUCAAUACAAGGCAAGAUCUAUGAUGUUUCCCAAUGGAGCAAACAUCACCCUGGUGGUGAGCUUCCACUGCUCAGUCUUGCAGGUCAGGAUGUUACUGACGCCUUUGUUGCUUACCAUCCAGGCUCUGCCUGGCAGUAUCUUGACAAUAUCUUUACUGGGUAUUAUCUCAAGGACUACUCGGUUUCAGAGGCUUCCAAAGAUUAUAGAAAACUUGUGACUGAGUUUUCGAAGAUGGGGUUGUUUGAAAAGAAUGGGCACACUGUGCUAUAUACACUCUGUUUCGUGGCAAUGCUGUUUGUGGCUAGUGUUUAUGGUGUUUGUUGCUCUGAUAGCACAUGGAUGCAUCUAUGUUCUGGUGGAUUAAUGGGAUUUUUGUGGAUUCAAAGUGGGUGGAUUGGGCAUGAUUCUGGCCAUUACAAGAUCACCAAAAGUCCCAGAUUCAAUCGUUUCUUGCAAGUUUUAUCAGGGAAUUGCCUUGCAGGGGUAAGUAUUGAGUGGUGGAAACGGAACCAUAAUGCCCAUCACAUUGCCUGCAAUAGUCUCGACUUCGACCCAGAUCUUCAGCACAUGCCUUUUUUUGCGGUAUCCUCAAACUUUUUCAAGUCAAUUUGGUCAUAUUUUUAUGAUAGGAAGAUGAAUUUUGAUUCUUUUACAAGAUUCUUGAUUAGUUACCAGCAUUGGACAUUUUAUCCUGUCAUGUGUUUUGCUAGAAUCAAUCUAUUUGCACAAUCAUUUUUGCUGUUGUUGUCUAAGAGGAAUGUGCCCCAUAGGCGUCAAGAUUUUUUGGGGCUUCUUGUGUUUUGGCUUUGGUAUCCCUUGCUGGUUUCCUGUUUACCAAAUUGGGGGGAGAGAGUGAUGUUUGUUGUUGCUAGUUUUGCUGUUACUGGAAUUCAACAUGUUCAGUUCUGUUUGAAUCAUUUUUCCUCCAGUGUAUAUGUCGGUCCACCUCAAGCAAAUGAUUGGUUUGGGAAGCAAACUAGUGGCUCACUUAAUAUAAAUUGCUCGUCUUGGAUGGACUGGUUUCAUGGAGGAUUACAGUUUCAGAUUGAGCACCAUUUAUUUCCUCGAUUGCCUCGAUGCCAUCUUAGGAAAAUAUCACCCUUUGUUAAGGAGCUGUGCAAGAAGCAUAAUUUGCCAUACGAUAUUGCCUCGUUCUGGAAGGCCAAUGCAAUGACAAUUAACACUCUUCGGACUGCAGCCUUGGAGGCACGAGACAUUGCCAGUCCUGUUCCGAAGAAUCUGGUGUGGGAAGCUGUUAACACUCAUGGAUGAGAUGGAGAUAUCAUGAAGCUUUCAGCUGAUGCUGAAGUGGGUCUGAUAAGUUAAUUUUGAUUGAUAUCUGAGGGUGGUCAUCCCUGGUGCCAAUGAAAGAAUAAGAUGAUCAUUGCUUGGAGGCUUAUCUCUUAGGAUGCGCUCAUGCUUUUCAUGGAUUAUAUUUAAAAAUAAUCUACACUGAUCACCUGAUGGGCUGAUAUGGUUGGUUCUGCCUCCUGUUGGUGCUCAAUUAUGCAGUUAAGGAAUUAGUGUUUGGUUUUGAUAGCUUUAGCUUAGUUCGUGAGUAUAAGAAAUUGUAUCUUUCUCCAUAGAUUCACCUAAGUAUGUUUGUAAUUUCAUCAUUGUGAAAACCAAUGAUGCAACAUUUUAUGGUUUUGGUUUGAUUUAAUAUGCAAUAGCUAAUUUCAGCUUUCCUGAUUACAUGAAAGGGGAAGUGGUCAAUUUGUCAUAAA